AUGACUCUUCGUCAACGGCGGGCCGAGGCGCGAGCACAAAUGCGUGCAGCGCAAAGCGGAUCGCGGCGCUCAGCAAACGGCACAGCAAACGGCGCUGAGGCUGAAUAUGAACGCGAAACUAUAGUGGCUCAAGAACUAGAAACUACCCUUCAACCGAUCAUCGACAUAUUCUGCGCGGCACUGGGUGAAGCCCUGGAAGAUGAGGACGCGCUGCGAGCGCGAGUGCAGGAGGUCAAGGGUGCGCUAUUUGCGCGUGAGUACGCGGCAGCGUUUGGGAGCGUGGAGAACCUUGAGGCUUAUGUUGCGCGGUGGUCGCCGGCGCGGGCGUUAGCAUACCAUGACGUGUUUACGAAGGCCAAUGGGGAUAAGGAGAACUGUGUGCUUGAGGCUGUGACAAAGGCUCGUGGAGAUGCUCGUGUGUUGUGUGUUGGAGGUGGUGCAGGAGCAGAGGUGGUGGCAUUUGCUGGAGUUUUGCGGAAAAUAUAUCAGUCCCUGGGACUCUCUGUGGGUCCCUUUGAUGACGACGAGGAUGAGGAUGGAGAAGAAGAGGGUGAAGAAGAAGAAGAAGAAGGUAAAGAGGAUGGAGAUAAAGAAGAUAAAGAUACCGAUAAGAAUACUGAGAAAAUUGCAGGAACAGGCCCGAAGCUUGUGGUGACUGCAAUUGACAUUGCAGAUUGGUCUCAGAUUGUGACUCGAUUGGAUUCCACAAUUAACAAUCUCUGGUUCCCCCAACCUGACAAUCAACCCCCCCGGUUUUCUGUCAAGUUUCUGCGUGCAGACGUUCUGGCUCUUUUCUCUACAGCAAGUGCGCCGGUGUGCAAACUUCUGGCUGCGCAGCAAGUGGUAACUACCAUGUUUACAAUCAAUGAAUUAUUCAAGGCGAGCCGUGCGCGGGCCAUGCAGUUUCUGGCCACGCUAAAGGCUGGAUGUACAACACCUGGGGCUCUUCUUGUAUUUGUGGAAAGUGCUGGGUCGUACUCGGAUAUCCAGGUUGGAUCCAAAACAUUCCCUGUACAAUUUUUGAUCCAUCACACGUUGACGGCUCCUGAAGAGGGAGGGAAAGUGGCAUGGGAACGAGUUGUUCACAGUGACUCGCAAUGGUACCGUGUUCCGGAGACAUCAUUUGCUACGCUUGAGUACCCGCUUAAACUGGAAAACAUGCGCUACUUUAUCAGCGUUUAUAGAAGAUUAUAG